CGACAAUGAUGAUCACUAUGUCCCGGUGUGUUGUUGUCCUUCUUUGUGCCCUGUUUGAGGGCGCCACAGCGCAGCCGUUCAAUGCCGACUGGCUGGCAAAGCCCGUGGAGCCGUCCAAGCAGUGCACAAAGGAGGACCUGAAGGACAUCAAGGCCUGGAUGAUUGAUCUGGAUGGCUGCAUGUACAUCCCCGGUCGGUGCACUUUCGGCAACAAAACAAAUCCGAAUGACUAGGUUUGCAAUAGUCUUCUGUGUCGUGCAGGUUCGUUGGUGCACGGCGCCCAGAAGUUCUAUCACUGGCUGCGGGACACGAAGAAGUCCUACGUCUUCCUCAGCAACACGGCAUUCAAGGGCCCCAUCGGCGUGCAGGCCAAGUUCAAGAAACGGGAAUACUUGAUGGAGCCUGAGGUGCCCAUCGAUCACGUGUGGACGGCUGGCCAGGCUCUCGGGCUGUUCCUUAAAGAGAACGCCACAGACGGUGACCAUGGCCCACCCAAAUGAGCAAAUGAUUAACAUGCUCCACGGAGUGGAAGUCGUGUCUCAGGUUCUUACAUCUGGUUGAUCCAAAGGACAGCGAAGUACAAGAUUGGCAAGGACACCAUCUACGACAGCUGCUACAACCAGGUCAAGCUCACAGCCGGACAGGAGAAGUUCAGCAAGUGGCAAGUCAGGACGUUCUUCCCAAGAGAAGGUCAGAGACCACGCACACACAGACACACAAGCGAUGGCGAUCUGUCUCUUCUUGCCUGCUUCUGGUUCUUGCUCAGAGGAGUUCCAUGAUUGGUUGAAGAAGGCCAAUGACUACAUCAAGGCCAGCCCCGAUGCCCCCCAGAAGUUCUUUUUUGCCCUGUGCACCGAGAAGCCCGAAGACAGACACUCAGACGACCCCAGCUUCAGCUCCAUCCAGAAAAUCGAAUACAGACCCGACGGUACGCACGUGUGCGCAUGUAACGUACCAUGCACCCAUCUAUCUAUUCGUCCAUCUCUUCAGGGUACAUGGGAUGGUCCAAUACGGUCCUGGACAUGAUGAUCCGUUUCGUCAAGAACGGCGCUACCUUCAUCAACACUGCACCCGACCAACUCGAGCCCGAGAAGAAGGCACCAGACGGCGUCACCAUGCACACGGGCAGCAUCGGCCCCUGGACAGCCUGGAUCAAGGACGCCAUCUACCCCAAGGGCUGGAAACGGCCUGACAAGGGCGGCAAGCUGACCGCUUCCAUGGGCUACGGUGGAUGUGUGGGCAAGGGCGGGCAUGUCGGCGUCAAGUACAUGAUGUCUCAGGAUCGUCGAUGCGCAGCACAGGAACAUGACGGGGGCGGACAAGCUGAAGCUCGAACAGGUGGCCAUGGUCGGAGACAAGUAAGCAGAGCAAAGGAAGAAGAGAGACAGGGAGGCAGGGAGACUAUCACCCAUUUGCUGGGCUUCUGUAUCCUCGCUGCGUGUGUGUGUGUGCGCAGCAUUGCGUCUGACCACACAGGGGGAAAUCUGCUGGGCGUCAAAACCGUCCUGGUGCUUUCCGGCGUCCACUCUGUCGAAGACACCAAGUUCUUCUGCAAAGAGGUGUGCCACUCACAGAGACAUGCCAUGGUGGGACUACUCAAACCAGGUGCUUGCAUCAGAAUCGGCCCACAUGCUGGCUCAAGGACGUCGGGGAAAUCCCCAAGAUACUCGGCGGCCAGCAGAAGUCGACUUAUUUGAGGCCCCAAGCAGGCGCCGCCGCGGGAGUGAAGCCGCCCGCGGGGGCCGAGCCGGAGCAAAUUGUGGCGGAGGGCGUGUCUGAGGAAGAUCCGUGUGCGUGAUGCGGUGCUGUGCAAUUGCCAACCACUGUAGUUGUUUCUCACAGAGAGAUUGGGC